AUGCCGACCACACUGCACGCCCGCGCCGAGGCCAAGCCCUUCGAGCACCGGUCCUGCCUCACACCGGCCACGACCAAGAAGCUGCUCGCGGCCGGCUACCAGAUCAACGUCGAGCGCAGCCCCACCAAUCCCGACUAUGAGCGCAUCUUCAAGGACAGCGAGUUCGGGGAGGCCGGCGCCACGCUGGUGCCCGAGGGCAGCUGGACCAAGGCGCCCCGGGACCACAUCAUCAUCGGCCUCAAGGAGCUGCCCGAGGAGGACUGGCCGCUCGAGCACACCAUGGUGCACUUUGCGCACUGCUACAAGCAGCAGGCCGGCUGGGACACCGUCCUGGCGCGCUUCCCCCGCGGCGGCGGCGUGCUGUACGACCUCGAGUUCCUGCAGGACGAGUCGGGCCGCCGCGUCGCCGCGUUUGGCUACCACGCGGGCUUCGCAGGCGCCGCGCUGGCCAUCAAGACCUGGGCCUGGCAGCUCACGCACCCCACCGGCGAGCCCCUCCCCGGCAUCGAGACCUUUACCGACGGCCGCGGCUACUACAACACCGAGUCGGACCUGAUCGCCCAGCUCAAGGAGGACGUCGCCGCCGGAGAGAAGGUCGCCGGCCGCAAGCCCACAAGCCUGGUCCUGGGCGCCCUGGGCCGCUGCGGCUCCGGCGCCGUCGACCUGCUCGAGAAGGUCGGCUGCCCCGAGAUCAAGAAGUGGGACCUCGCCGAGACCAGGGAGCGCGACGGGCCGUACCCGGAGAUCCUCGAGUCGGACAUCUUUGUCAACUGCAUCUACCUGUCCAAGCCCAUUCCGCCGUUUGUCGACCGCGCGAGCCUCGAGUCGCCCUCGCGCAAGCUGAGCGUCGUCUGCGACGUCAGCUGCGACACGACGAACCCGCACAACCCCAUCCCCAUCUACAACAUCAACACCACCUUUGACAAGCCGACCGUCAAGGUGGACGUCGAGGGCGACGGGCCAACGCUGUCGGUCAUCUCCAUUGACCACCUGCCGUCUGCCCUGCCGCGCGAGUCGUCCGAGGCCUUUAGCAACGCCCUGCUGCCGAGCCUGCUGGCGCUCAAGGACCGCGCCAGCACCCCCGUCUGGCAGGGCGCCGAGAAGCUGUUCCAGGAGAAGGUGCAGACGCUGCCCGGCGGCGGCCCCAAGAAGGAGGUGUAG